GCAUAAAUUCUUUAAUAAUCCGAACUAAAAAAUUCUUAUCAUUUUAACUGUAGUGUAAAUAUUUAAUUAAUUCUGAUUAGUGUUAUUUUAUUCAAUACUUUGUUGCAAGUUAUUUUGGUCUUCUUGUUGUGAGUUAUUUUGAUGCAGUGAUUAAUAUUUACCGCAGUAAUCCAGACGUGCAGAGUAGAUUAAGUGCAUGUUUCAGCUUACAAGUACCAUUGUAAGCAAACUGAUAUACCGUAGACCAUAUUAUUCGAACUACAUCCUUUGUAAGCUGAAGCCUUCAUCUAUUGGAACAAGAAUGGAAGCCUGCAAGAACAGGGAAUGUGUCACUCAGUUGCCCCAAGAGAAUGCAUUAGUGUCCAAGAAGUACUAUCGCCGGGCUGAGCACAGAAUAUUUGUAAACAGAUCGUUACAUUUAGAAAAUGUUAAAUUUUAUGGAUUUGACAUGGACUACACAUUGGCAGAAUACAAAUCACCGCAGUAUGAAACGUUAGGAUUUAAUUUAACCAAAGAAAGAUUAGUACACAAGGGAUAUCCUCGUGAAAUUUUAGAAUUUGAAUAUGACCCUUCGUUUCCAGUAAGAGGCCUAUGGUUUGACACAUUAUAUGGUAACUUGUUAAAGGUAGACGCAUACGGAAACAUUUUAGUAUGCGUGCAUGGAUUCGAAUUUUUAAAACACUCACAGGUGUAUGAAUUAUAUCCUAACAAAUUCUUGACGCUAGACGAAUCUAGAGUAUACGUACUGAAUACGUUGUUUAACUUACCAGAGACCUACUUGAUAGCAUGUUUGAUAGAUUUCUUCACCAAUUCGCCGCAGUACACGAGAGAGAAGACGGGAGUACGAUGUGGGGAUCUAGCAAUGUCGUUCAAAUCAAUCUUCCAAGACGUAAGGAGCGCAGUAGACUACGUUCACAUUCACGGCGAUCUCAAAAAGAAGACUACAGAGAACCUGGAUUUGUAUUUGAAGAAGGAUGAGAGGCUGCCAAUGUUCCUCUCGAGAAUCACAGAGAGCGGAGCUAAGCUUUUCCUGCUGACGAAUAGUGAAUUCAAUUUUACGGAUAAAAUUAUGAACUAUCUGUUUGAUUUCCCGCAUGGUGCUAAGCCCGGCGAGCCUCACAGGAACUGGAAGACUUACUUCGACUGGAUCGUGGUGGACGCCAAGAAGCCGCUGUUCUUCGGAGAAGGCACCACUUUGAGGCAGGUGGACACUCGCACCGGAGCCCUGAAGAUGGGCCAUCACGUAGGCCCGCUGCACGAGGGACUCGUGUAUUCUGGAGGGUCGUGUGACGUGUUCACGGAGCUUAUCAGCGCCAAAGGGAAGGAUGUCCUCUACAUCGGAGAUCACAUCUUCGGAGAUAUCCUGAAGUCUAAAAAGAUUGGUGGAUGGAGGACCUUCCUGAUAGUUCCAGAGUUAGUGCAGGAGUUGCACGUGUGGACUGACAAAUGCCAGCUGUUCGCACAGCUUCAGAACCUUGAUAUACAGCUCGGUGAUAUGUACAAAGACUUGGACUCCAGCACGAAGGAGAAGCCAGACAUAUCCAAACUGCGCAUGGCCAUCCGUGACGUCACCCACAAGAUGGAUCUCGCGUACGGCAUGCUAGGAUCUUUGUUCAGAUCUGGAUCCAGGCAGACAUUCUUCUCGUCACAGGUGGUGAGGUACGCGGACCUGUACGCGGCGUCGUUCCUGAACCUGAUGUACUACCCGUUCUGCUACAUGUUCCGCGCGCCCGCCAUGCUCAUGCCGCACGAGUCCACCGUCGCGCACGAGCAGCGGUUCACCGUCGACACGCCCACCAUCGACCGUUCAAGGCAUCCCAGCGCCCAGCGAGGAUUUAGCGUCCACUCGCUUUCGGAGGACACAAUCGAAGAAGUUGUGCCUGCCAAAUGUCAGACCGAUGUCGUCGAUAAGGCGUCAAUGGUGCCUCACGCGCGGCCAGAGACCCCUCGCCAGCUCACGCACACACACGACGAAGACUGCUCCGACGACGAGGACGUGGCCAAGGCCGCCGCCAAGUAGACGCCACGUGACCGGGACGAGCGGGCGACUAACGCUGAACAUAGGCUUAGUGUGAGUUUACACCAAACGUCGUCACUAGCGAGCGAGAUUUCAGUUCUUGAGAGUUUCCGCUUGGGGCGCUGUACAAUCCGUCAUACAUUUAAUGUCACUUUUUACGCAGUCGACAUCGACUGCGUUUGACGUAAACUCACACUACGCCCCCAGAACACUCGAGUAGCAAGUAAUAAGGGCAGGAUAUUGAAGUGUAUUUCGUCGACUGGGGGCUGAACUACAGAUGAAACUGAUAUGUUUGUUAUCUGGAUGGAUUUUAGAAUUUUUAGAUAGUACUCGGUUACACUACCAAGCCUCAUAAUUAUUACACGUUGGCGAUUAAACGAAAUAAUAACCAAAUGUCAAUUUUCGUAAUUUAUUGAACUACAUAUUUCACUUGCGGUCGAUGAAAUACGCACCAGUGCGAUCGGACCUUAUUUGCGUCAAGUUUUUGAGUUUUCUGCUCUGCGUUGUGUCGUCUUACGUGCACCUUCAAUCUGAUGGCCUACACAAAGUAACAAUCAACUGUAACAACUAGUAAAACCAUCCCAACUGAGAUAUGAAAAACUGGAGCAUUUCUCUUGAGUAUAACGAAAUAAGAGCCCCAAAAAUCCACUGCCCCUUUACAUCUCGAGAAAUACGGUGAUAUCAUAAGAUUACGUGGCCAAGCCACGCAGCAUCUAUACAUACAAUGUAUGCCAAGUCCUAAAACGGUAUUCGAAUACCAACAUGACAUAUGAAAUGUCACAUUGUCUGAUUUCUAAUGUCGAAAAUGACAGUUCUAAUGUUUUGAAAUAAAAUCCUAGUAUACAUAAACGUGAAGACUAGAAAUCGAAAGGUUCGAAUAAUGUUACUUUGUCUACAGGCUCUGGAGUCAAUUCUGUGAUUUGUGUAGCUCAGUAGUGAUCGAUUUAAUAUUACGAAUAAGCAUUUCAGUUUGUCUGCGACGAUUGUCGAUGGAUGACUGUAGGACAAGCGCGAAGUGCUUUUGUAUCUGAAUAAGUGUUCUCGAAGUUAUGAUGUUUACGAAGCUUUCAAUUCGAUAGAAUUCCUUAAAAUUUAUCUCAUAGAAAUAAAACUAACAAACAAGCCGUAUAGUGUCGUAAGACUAAGGUUUUAGUAUUUUUUAAACAUUCUCAACCAUCUGCAUUAAAACAUCAGGAAAUUUUUAUUUUUAUGUAACUGUUGUUGAAUGAAGAAUCUAAUAAAAGUUGAAAUUAUUAUUUUAAUGUUGAAAGUAUAAGUUUGACUUAUUCUUAUUUAUGUCGGCCAACAAAAUGAUCGGCCAUUUUUAUUUGCCAAAGCGGUUUGACUCUGAUGUUAGAAAUUUUGUAAAACCGACCCUCUGUAGCUAGAAAUUAAAGCAAUGUUAUAAAAACACAGGGUCGAUAUAGAGUUGUGAUUUUUAUAAUUUGUAUUAUACGAGUUUAAUGAUGCCAUUGAUUGGGAGAUCUCUUACGAAGGAAAACAAUUUGUAGAAGCGACUCGGCUUAGGUUUUGAUGGUGAUUAUGAUUUGGGAAUAUUUUUGACUCGAAUGAUUCAUUGGGUACCUAUAUUUUGACAGGCAACAACGAGGUUUGCCUCGUGAACCUUUGAUGUUAAAAUUUCAAUCAAUGCGUAAAAACAUUUGCUGCUAGUUCAUUGUAUAUUUGAAUCGUAUGCUAAUUGUUGUUUUGUUGUAUCUAAAAUUUUAUUUUACAGUCCAGUCAAUAAUGACAUAGAAAUAAGGUUUUCACUAAUGGUAUUUUUUGAAGCAUCGCCCCUAAUCUUUGAAUAAACAUAACGUUAUCGUUUACUAAUAAUGGUUGUUGUUUUAUCAUUAUCGCUCAUUGUAAUGUAAUGUUUCGAGAUUCAUUACCAUUAGAAUAGAUUUGUUUGUUUUAUUGGAAAAGGAUGCCUUUAUCAAAAGGUUAACGAUUUCGCUGAUCUAGUCUCGUCAUUGUUGAAAAUCUUAUUACUAAACGGCUGGAUUGUGUUGAAUGUUGAUGUUGUGUAUCGUAUGCUAUUGUUUAUAUUUAUAUUAGUACACAUAGGUACAAAAUAAGUUUAUGAGGAAAUUAUGUGAUUUUUGUAUCUGUAGUUAUUCCACACUUUUUUAUGUAAUCACACAAAUCUUAGAUAUGUUAUAGAAAUGUAAUAAAUGAUUUAAAUAAAA